AUGUCCGGCCACGUCAAACCCCUCAUCUUACACGCUCAUGCCACAGGCCCGAAUCCAAUCAAAGUGGCCAUUGCCCUCGAAUCACUUAAAGUCCCAUACAUCGUCAAGCAGUGGGAUUUCAGCGACAACCCCGAAACAGGCGUCAAGGGGUCUGCGUUCUUGAAAAUCAACGAGAACGGCCGGGUCCCCGCCCUCGAGGAUCCCAACACGGGCGUUGUGUCCUGGGAAUCAGGCGCAUCCCAAGACUUGGUGGACUUUGAGAAGUGGGAGUAUUUCCUGUUGACGACCCUGGGGCCGAUGACAGGGCAGACGAACUGGUUUAGACAUUACCAUCCAUCUCCGAAUGAAGAUGCCUUGCAGCGAUACACGGCGCAGACACUUCGCUGCUAUGAUGUCCUGGAAGGACAGUUGCAGAAGUCGGGGGGGGCCAGUGUCCUGCCGAAUGGGGUUACUGCUGUCGACUACCAUUUUGAGCCGUGGGUGAGGCAACACUCCUUCGCUGGGGUCUCGUUGGAUAAUCAUCCUUUGAUUCGAAAGUGGCUGGCCUUGAUGGGAGCGCGCGAGGAAGUCCAGGAAGCGUACGCAAAGGUCAAGCGUGGCGCUGGGAAAUAA